AGAUCUUGCAGAGUGCUUAGCUUCACAUAUUUGUGUCCGACUGAAACAGGCUGUGAAAAUACCAACCUCUCGGCUUGCAUACGUUUUCUACUAUCGAAUUUAAGCGAUUCCGAUCGCGAUUGUUCUUAUUAGUUUCACGGGUAGGCAAAGGGCGGCCAAAAAUCAAAGAAUAUCACCACUCGUUAAGGCCCCAGAGUAGUGCUGUAGUGGCAAAGUGCGAUUACAGAGGGCGGAAGUGAACGAUUCACACUCGUAGCACCCUAAACUCGACAAAUAUGAUGGACGGAAUUGAAGAGAAUGGUUCACCACGGUCACCGAUGAGCCCGGUAACGGUCUCCGGUGGUGGGCCAGAAACGGUCCAAUCGCGCCAAUCGUCUGUCGACGGUGUUCCACCAACUGGUGGUUCGGUAGCCGCUCUGCCGGAAAACUCUCUAUUGGUUGACAUAUCUGAUGCGCUGAGUGAGAAGGAGCGUGUCAAGUUUACCGUCCACACGCGGACCAAUCUGGCCGGGUUCGACAAGACAGAUUUUCUUGUCGUUCGACAGCAUGAAGAGUUUGUGUGGCUACACGAGCGGUUCGAGGAAAAUGAAGAAUACGCCGGCUACAUCAUACCGCCGUGCCCUCCGCGGCCGGAUUUCGAUGCGUCACGCGAAAAGCUCCAGCGGCUCGGCGAGGGCGAAGGCAACAUGACGAAGGAAGAGUUCAAAAAGAUGAAGCAAGAACUGGAAGCGGAGUACUUGGCCACGUUCAAGAAGACCGUCGCCAUGCACGAGGUGUUCCUGACACGACUCGCCUCACACCCCGUUUUUCGGGAGGAUUCGCACCUCAAGGUGUUCCUGGUCUACGACCAAGAUCUGUGCGCUAAAAUGAAGAAAAAGAUGGACAUCUUCGGUGGCCUGAUGAAGAACAUUGGCAAAACGACAGACGAAAUCUAUCUUGGUGCGACGGUAAAGGACGUGAACGAUUUCUUCGAACGCGAACUACAGUUUCUCGGCGAGUACCACGCGCACCUGAAGGAGGCAUCGUUGCGCACGGAAAAGAUGACGAACAAACACAAGGAGAUGGCCGAUUCGCAUGUACGCAUCGCGUCCCAGCUGCUUGGUUUGUCUACGGCCGAACAUGGUUCGAUUGAAAAGUUUCUGGCCAAGACGGCAGAAAUUUUUGAGAAAAUUCGGAACAUGGAAGGUCGCGUGGCGAGUGAUCAGGAUCUUAAACUCGGCGAUACCCUGCGUUACUACCAGCGUGACAGUAAUGCGGCCAAAGCGCUGCUCAUCCGUCGGCUGCGCUGCUUGGCUGACUACGAGGCAGCCAACCGGAAUCUGGAAAAAGCACGCGCCAAGAACAAGGACGUUCAUGCGCCACUGGAGGUGCAGGAGGCCGAAAGUGCGCAAACACAGGCAUGUGAAAAGUUUGAAUCAAUGUCGGCCCGAGGUAAGGAAGAACUGGUCAGUUUUCGACUGCGCCGUGUAGCUGCCUUCAAAAAGAGUCUGACCGAGCUAGCCGAACUGGAGAUUAAGCACGCGAAAGCGCAGUACGAUCUGUUGCGUCAAUCGUUGCUGUCGCUACAAGAACUCGUUUAACUCUGGGCUGUGGACAUCCACCUGAGGUGUUGGUGACCACGAACUAAACCAAUCAAACGCAAACCGUCUACGUGGAACAAUAGUUUUUCUUAUACACGUAUAUACAUAUUUGUACACACCGACCUCCCAGUCUCGCUCGGUGGGACAGGAUGGUGUCGCUACCAUUCGGCUGAAUGGUACUUCUUUCUUCCGUUUAAGUUUAUACUUUUGCCUAUUUUCGAACUUAUCAUGACGAUCGCAAGCGUCAGUAGUUUAGUGGAAGACCGAAAGUUAGCAAAAAUGCAAGACAGUAGAUAAAGUAGUAGCGGAAAGCUCGAUAUAAACUCAAAUUUUGUCACAUUCUGGUUCCGUAGAAUGUAGCAUACAUUUUUCCUUGUUUCUUUUUGCAAUACAUCCAUUGAUUUAAAUGAUCUUAACUUUCUUCUCAAUUAUUUCAUUCCUUUUACAUCGAAUAGGUUUACAUUAUUUGAAAGAUUCAACGCGGUUAAUGAUAUAUACAUGCGCGCAUUCGACGCAUUCCGUGUUGAAUUUGUGACGAAGGUGAAAACGAAACGAAACGGUUCUAAACAAGGUGUUCCAAUGUGAACGAACUCUCGUAAUUUUAGCAGAAUAUUUUUAAAACUGAAAACCGAGCAAAAUGCGCCAAAUAAGAACAAACCUGGGAAGGGAAAGCGAAAGCCGUGUCCACUGUAACGGGUUACUACUUGCGGCGUCAGAAGAAGGCACCAUCGUGGAACAAGAACGAGGUAUUGGCACAUGCAUGUGUUUUAUGUUUUUCAUUUUUCUAAGCCUUUAUACACUCCAGGUGUAGAACGCAGAGGUCUGGACUCUGUUUCUCGUUCUUUUUCGAAGGGGGCUGCGGAGUGCUAACGCUCUUCCGUAUAGAGUUGUUGGUGGAAUGCAGCCGUGCAGAGCAGCGAGAAUUAAAUAGAGUUCGACGGUGAUGCCGUGUAAUUUGUAUGAAAUAUUAUUAAAGAAACAAAUAAACCAAUGUAUCGA